CCACUGUAGCGGUUCCUAUUUAUCUACUUGCAUUUUGACGUGCUUUCGAACUGCUAGGUUGGCAGGAGCUGGGACCGAGCGACGGGAGCUCACCCCGUCACAGGGAUUCGAACCACCGACCUUCUGGUCAGCAAGCCCUAGACUCUGUGGUUUAACCCACAGCGCCACCCGCGUCCCUAAAAGGACAGAGUUACUUGUUCUUAAUAUAAACUUUAUUUUUAUUAAGUGGAGAAAAUCUAUGGCUACACUCUUAUAUCCACUUAGCUGGGAGAAAUACCCAUUGAAGUCAUUUGUCUAUAAUUGUGCAGUAUAUAUCCUGUUACAACCUGUACUGGAAACUAUGAAAUGAUGCUUCCUUUGUUCCCAAGACACCUGACCACCAGACAAUAGGAAAUGAAACACAGAACAAAGUUAUGCAAGAUACAGAAAUAAUUAUUUGCCACUAGAUUAAGUUGGUGAGGUACAGAAUCCAAUUCAAAUUUACAAUCGGAUUUUUCUAGAGAGGGCAUGAAACAGCUUAUGGAAUUAAUUUUAGAUUUUGCCUGCUGUCCAGCACCAGAUUACCAAAGCAGGUUCGGAAAUAUGCAAGAUGCAUUUUCCUGAGCAAUGCAGUUUGAACUUUUGUAUGCAAGGAAGUGUUGUGACUCACCAAGUGAAGACAUGAGUACCCGUUCUCUUUUUUAAAAACCCUAAUCCUGGAAUCCCUUUGUGUUUCAGUCCCAUAUCAGUUCCUAUAGGAGCUGGUGCAUGGUGCAGUUCGGCUCCCAGACACUUGCUCCGAUUUUUAUCCAUUCGAAAGCACAAUGCUUUAUUGACGGAACUGUAAAUUACAGUAGUCCAAAGGUGCAAAAACACAGUUUUGUGGCACUGCAAAUCCUUUAGUAUUUAAGGCCCAAAAGACCCUUUAGUGCAAGAGGCUAGGAUAUCUACCUCUCUCUAGAGGAAAUUAUCUAAACCAGGGGUUCCCAACAAAAUUUUCUCUAGGACCCCUUAUCGAGCCGCUAUUGUGACAAAGACCCCCAUUAAUUCCUAAUCCUAAAAUUAAAAAGUGAGAGCUAAAUUAAGAGUCUUUUUAUAUUUUAUAUUUAUACGUUUUUUAAAGUUCUUCCUCUUCAUCUGUAGGCCUUUGUCGUUUUAAUGAACCACUUUUUAACCAACGGUCCAUUUUUAACUACGCGAACUGUAGCUUCCGCGAAAAACAACGCUUUGUUUACAAACACUACUGUUUUGCAAAGAGGCAGCGCGCACCAGGGAGGAGGGAGGGGAAUGGAGAAGACAGGGUACCUGCGCAGUAGCGCACAAAUGAAGCCGACGCGCGCAAAGCAUCUUGGGGAGGUGAGCGUUAGUAGAAUGCGUGCGCUGCCUCUUUGCAAAACAGUAGUGUUUGUAAAGCGCCACCUAACGGCAUACAGCAGAACUACUGCCUCUAUCUAAUUCUAGUUUUGCGCUAGACUCUGCUCAUGCAAGAAGCGGCCAAAACAAAAAAUCUGUUAUCAUACGAAAUAUAUUUAAUAUAUUUUUUAUUCUAAUAGCAUCUUGCGGACCCCUCUGGCAUAGCUCGCGGACCCCUGGGGGUCCCCGGACCACCUGUUGGGAACCACUGAUCUAAACUGUAGCAGCAGCUAGCGCCAGCAGAAGCGCAUGAAACCGGCCCUCUAAGGUCAGAAAACGGAGUAGGGAGAAGCCCCUUUGGGGAAAACAAGACGUUUUUGCAAACUUAAAUGCCACGACUAAGUACUUUACUUUUUUUGUCAACCGAGCCCUAUAGGGUCGUUUAACACCGAGUUCUUUGUGCGAGCAGCUUAAAGCCACACACUGCAACUGUUGUGGCGCCGGAUGAUCUCGGCGAGGGAGCCUGGCGUGGCUGUACCAGCUCGGGGCUCUCUCCCUUUGGCCCGAGUUAAUCUGCAUAGAGGAAUGACAGGCAUUCGGCUGAGCAGGAGCAGGCUGAACUGGGCGGCAGCAGCAACAGGCGGAGGGAGGAGCAGGAGGAGGGCUUAGCAACUCGCGCGCAAGGGGAGGCAGCAGAAGUUGCAAGGAGGAGGCUGCUAAUUGCAGCAAGCGAGCGCCGGGAGAAGGUGCCAUGAGCCCUCGGGAGCUUCCGUGGGAGAGGAGACCUUACCGAAGGACCGAGAGAGCGGCCUGAUUGUAGGACCCCCGGCCCUCUGCCAGGACCAAGACAUGGGCCAGACGUCAGUCUCCACUCUCUCCGAGCACGCAAGCGUUGAUGGGAUAGACAAGACAUCAAUUGCAAACUCAGAUGGGCCAAACCCAGGAUCCCGGAGUCCUUCUUUCAAGAGGAAAGGCAAACUUUCUACUAUUGGCAAAAUCUUCAAACCAUGGAAGUGGCGGAAGAAGAAGACCAGUGAAAAAUUUAUAGAAACAUCAGCAGUGCUGGAAAGAAAGAUAUCAACAAGGCAAAGCAGAGAGGAGUUGAUAAGAAGGGGUGUCCUGAAGGAAAUAACUGAACAAGAUGGAGAGAUAACAGUAAAUCAUGAAACCUCAAACGGCCACACGAUAGUAAUCACUGAAGAAGCGAUACAGGGAGAAAAUGUCACAAAGACCGCAGAAGAGAAUAGCUCCACAUCGGCAAAAGCACCACCAGCUACAGAAGAGAGAAAAGAUGGCAAAAAGGAGAAACCUCUUCCUAAAGGUUCCAAAACAUCGGCACCCCGUGCCCCACCACCGCCACCUCCUAAAUCUAAGCCUAAAGCUAAAAAAGCAACCAUACCUCCAAAAAAUGCUACUGUUGCUGCCACUAGCCAUAAGACUAAUGAAGUGCCACAUGCUAAAAAAAAGGGCAAGGCUCCUGCUAAGCAGGCCUCUGCACCGCCUCCCAAGCCAACAAGCCGCAGUGCAAACCGAGAAGCUGCUAGUUCCUCGCACGUAAAAAAAGUGCACACUUCCAAGGCAUCAUCGUCAUCUCCUUCAUCCACAUCAUCUCGCCCUAAAACCUCUAAAGAGCCAACGUCAAGCAAAACAGGCACAGGGACACCCAGAGACAAGAAGAAGCAUGGAAAACAGGUGACCGUGCGGACGUCUGCUGAUGGGGACAUUUCUUCCACUUCAAACACGGCAGUAGGCAACUCAGAAGCAAAGGUGGAAAACUCUAAACCAGAAGAGCCUCUCUCUGUUAUUUCUGAAGCUGGAGACACAACACAGCCAAGCACAGCUACUGUUCCUCCCCCUCCUGCUGUUCCGCCACCACCCCCUCCUCCCUUCAUCCCAUCUCUGUAUCCAGGCUCUCAGCCCCCUGGUUUCUCAGACACACAAGAUGUGCCAGUUAGCACUGAAAUAGCUCCGUCUGUCCCUGGCACAGAUUCUAACGAUCUUCACAUGAAAACUGAAGCAGAUAGUGAAGGCUCUUCAAGCAGUGCUGUCCUAGACAAUAGCCUGGAUACUGAGGGAGAAGACACAGAAUGUUCUGUUACCAAAGAAGAUCAGGAAAAUGAGACCCCUGACCAACCAAGUCCUGCCCCAACAGAUGAACCUUCUGAAACCCUAAACACUCCAGAAAGUGAGAGCUACAAAGAGAAUCACACCAGUGACUCUGAUUCGGAUGGGCCAAUACUCUACACAGAUGAUGAAGAUGAUGAUGAUGGUACUGAAAGCUCUUUAGCAAGCAAAAUACGCCGUAGGGAUACUCUUGCAAUCAAACUUGGCAACAGGCCAUCGAAAAAAGAACUGGAAGACAAAAACAUCUUGCCGAGAACAUCUGAAGAGGAGAGGCAGGAAAUCAGACAUCAGAUCGGCACAAAGCUAGUGAGGAGGCUUAGCCAGAGGCCUACCUCAGAAGAACUAGAACAGAGAAACAUCCUAAGACAAAAGAAUGAAGAAGAGGAACAAGAAGCUAAAAGAGAAUUGAAGCGCAGUCUCAGCAGAAAGCUCAGUCUGAGACCAACAGUGGCUGAGCUGCAAGCAAGAAGAAUCCUGCGUUUUAAUGAGUAUGUGGAAGUAACAGAUUCUCCAGAUUAUGAUCGUCGUGCUGACAAGCCCUGGGCAAGGUUAACCCCUGCAGACAAGGCAGCAAUAAGGAAAGAAUUAAAUGAAUUUAAAAGCACCGAAAUGGAAGUACAUGAAGAGAGUCGGCAGUUUACAAGGUUUCACCGUCCAUAAGUGUUUGAAAAUACCCUGCAAUCCAGACACAAACUUUCAACAUGGGGAGAACACAGCAUCUCAAGAGUGUACUGCAACUGAAAUGUCUGCAGCAGUUUAACCUGAAGUCAUUGAACAAUGCAAUGUGGCCUCCACAUUUAACAAAAGUGAUGAAUCUAAGAGAGAUCCUGGAAGGAAUAUGAUAGCAGUUGCAUAAUAAGAGAGGAAAAUUGAGGUCAUCUUAUUCAGAGUAAAUUAUACCUUUUUUAGCUAGGAUAAAAAACUGAGGGUAAUUGUUGCCAGGAAGUGGUAAGAAUCCACUUUCAUGUAGGUUAGAAACAGACAGAGGAGCGCCCCUACCUGUCAGCCAAUAGAAUAAUGUUAGGGCAAAAUUAAUAGCAUUCUUCAUGAAAGUAACCUAAUGUUAUAUGGGGGUAACGGAUAACUUCUUAAAAGUGCAAAUCCAAGAAUGUGAGCAAUUCUGUGUGUGCUGUUCCAGAAUCCUCAACUUUUCACAGCCAAGUGGAGAACAUAAAGUUCUCUCUUAAUAAACAGGGCUUACAAUACAGCGCAGUGCCAGUGAAUUUGCCAGUAAUUAGUCCUAGCUGGAUUUAUAGGCUUUUAAAUGAUAAUAAUAAUUUUUAAAAAUAUGACUGUCAUGCUUUUUAAAAGUGCAUUGAGGCUACAAUCUUGAGCAGAGCUGGGCAGUAGAAGGAGGUCAGAACUUUUGAGCAUGCAAUUAUGUGCAGGAAUGCAACAUGAUUGCAAAUCAUGGUCCUCCAUAAUCAUGUACUAAUUUGAGAAACGUUGAGGAAGGACAAUACGUGAAAUUGUAAUGAAAAGAUGCAGAUGGAAAUGCCUUUUGAAAAAUCUGGUUUUUGAAGUUGGGGCUGAAUUGCUGACUUCUAGCCUUGCUUAGGCUGCAAGUCUUAACAAUCAAAUUCUGAAGCCAAGCAGAAAUGAAAGUGAACAAUAAAGCAGUUUAGCAAGCAGUUUGGGUCUAUAUAUUUUUUCCUUUAUAGCUUAAGUUACAUUAACGGAUUCUUGGAUCAGAGUACAUAGUAUAAGACCUAGAAGCUAUUGCUUCUUGGCACUUGCCAAGACUUUCCCUCUAAACUGCACAACCUCAUGCUACUGCCGUGUGCCAGCACUCUCGUAGUUGGCCAUUCCAGGGCAGAAAGAGCAGAUUUUUUUUUUGAUAGACAACAUCAUUUGCUGGCCACAGAAUAUAUGGGUAUUACAUUGCCUUUGUGUUUGGGACUAUGUGCAGAGAAUAUUAGUAUGGGCACGGCCCUUCCCUAUGUGACCACUGUGUCUGCAAAUGGGGGGUGGGGAGAACUCAUUCCACAUAACAGAGCCUUGUUUCUCCUCUUGUAGCAAAUGUACACAGGCAUUGUGUCCGGAUGGUCUGAGGAAUGAUGCUGCCUGUACACAAUUCUUAUAUCUUUGUCCAGCCUGCUUGAUCAAGUCGAGGGGAAAGGGCUGGACUGGGAUAUGGAAGGUUAAUACAGAUCUCAGGUCCUGCUUGUGGACUUGCCAUAAGCAUCUGGUUGGCCACUGUGGGAACAGGAUGUUGUACUUGAGGGGCCAUUGUCGUGACGUAGCCGGCCCUUCUUAUGUUCUUAUCUCCCAUUCCCUAAAAGGGUCUGGUGCGCUCUAUAUCCAUGUACCAAAUGGGUACUGCCCUUCAGGGAUCUCUCAGCCAGUGGACUCUGUGCCUGUGUGGGGAAGGGUCGUUCCGUAGGUGUCCCUACAACAUCCCCAUAAAGGACAUCGUGAAAAUUAUAGAAAGGCCUUGGAACCUACAGCCUGUAUUUGUUGUGUGUUAAUAAUGCGAAGCAAAUUGUCUACUUUUAUACCAUCUUGUAAUUGUAUUUGUGAAUACAUGUUUAGUUAAGUUUAAAUAGUAUACGGUGGUGAGAGAGGCAAUAUGUGCUUUAUUAUGUUGGCCCUGAGUAUGUUGGCUUAUUAUAAGCCUAUGACAUUGUUUACACUAAAAUUGUCUUAUAUUAGCACUUAUUUAUCCUUUUAAUGUACACGGUGAAACUUCUGGGCCUGAAAUACACAAUGGCAUGUAUUGCAGUAUUACAAUAUAUAUAUAUGCUAUUUAUCCUUUUUAAUGUAUGUACAUACUACAAUUUAUUUUUGUCUAUGUGCCCUGUUUAGUUCUUAAUUAUAAAAGAUAUGUAUUUUUUUCAGGCAAUAAAUGGUCUCUGUCACUUAAUUAUUAUUUUUUACCUCAACACUUGUAUUGUAUUCUUAUGGGUUAGCUUUAGUUAUAAAAGUUAAGAAUGUCCAACAGUGCAGUUCGAUAUGUGUGUACUCCGAGUUAAGCCCCACUGAACUCAAUGGCACUUACAAGUAAGUUUAUGUGGGAUUGCAGCCAGAAACCUUUAAAAAGUGGACACACAGUUAAGCUGCUAAUAUUGUAUCAUGUUCAUUACUAAUACAUUUCCAUUUCCAUUAAGUGCAGUGGGCUGUAUUCCCCACACCUCCAAAAUAAAAAAUAAUUGCAUUUCCCAGUCGUAUCAUAUUGAGAUGCACAUAGUUUCUAAAUAUUGGGUAGGUGAAAGGGAUAUUGCUAACCACUACUAAUGACCUAAAGAAACAUCUGAAUACCUUACGUAGCAAAGAAAAAUAAUCAAUAUUGUUCCGUUCCGUUCAUUGCAGUCAGUUAAAUGGGUUCAGAAAUAAAGUGAAACUGUUCUGUCACACUGCUGUAUUAUAACAUAUAAUGAAUAGCAGAAGUAAAUUCAGCAUUCCUAUCUCUGUUACUGGUUGGAGAACAUGAAAGCUUGCUCCUCAGCUACGUGAGAGAAAAAUGGUGAUACCCUAAUGGUGAUCAUACUCUAAGUAGACCCACUGAAAUCAAGUUAGUAUUCUCUUGAGUAUGAUUUAGUUGGAUAUUGCCCAGAGAAAUUGGCACUGAAACUUCAUACUGAAAACAGCUUAUUUCUCUCUCCAAAAUGGUUAGGUCACAACCUGGAGUCCGCCCAUCUGUCUGUCUGUCUGUCUG